AUGAGCUUACACCGGGAUGAGGAGACGGAUGAUUCGGAUCGGAUAUUGCAGGCGUUCGUCGAGGGGGACAAGACUAACACCAUCCUCAAGGGUGCACUGGCCAAGGUGCCCAUCAGUACAGUUAGCAAAUUGGGCAAAACGUGUUUCAAGGAUAUCGGCUGCUAUUCUGGUGUGAAAUUCAAAGAGGUUGGAAAGGGUUUCAAUCAUCUGCCGCUAUCACCACAAAAAAUAAACCCGGUCUUUUUUCUCUAUACACUCAACAACACCAGAAAGGGCAGAAUUUUGCGUUACAACCCUAAGAAGAAAGACAUGGAAGGGACGGGAUUUGACCCCCGAUUCCCCACCUUUAUUUUACCCAUGGGUUUCUUAGUGACGUAG